AUGAAUCAGCUCUUUCACAUGACCAAGGAUGAUUUCCGAUACCUCGACAAAUUCCUGACGGAACGCGAGAUUCCUUCCUAUGGCUACAACCUAGCCUAUUUCAAAUGGCUGGCUACUAGCCAAUAUAUAAAGAAAGAUCAUCCCUGUCUGUACGACAAACUGCAAUAUUUCUAUAGAGUACGCAAAGAAGCACAAGAGUGUGGUGGUGAUAACGCUGGCGAAUUUUUCACUAGGUUGUGGAUUGUGUCUAAUCAAGUGCGACGUCGAGAAGUCGGCCCAGAAUUGGAGACUAAAGCGAUGAUUCCAUACUUGGAUUGGACAGAUAAGCGCGCUCGUGAUUAUCUCUUCAAGAAAUUCCCCGUCCUCAAAACGCUAUGGUAA